AUAAAAGAUACAGUUCCUGCCGAAGCUAGGCAUAUAGUGUAAAACCCUAGCGGCCGCUUGCUGCAAGGAGACGGUACAGAGAAACAACUGUUUCCUGUUGCAAGAGAAAGCUAGGAGCCAUGUCGCUUAUCGCGAACGAAGAUUUUCAACAUAUUCUUCGUGUUCUGAACACAAACGUAGAUGGGAAGAAAAAGAUUAUGUUCGCCCUCACAUCCAUUAAGGGUAUCGGCCGCCGCUUUGCCAACAUCGUUUGCAAGAAGGCCGAUGUGGACAUGAACAAAAGAGCUGGCGAGCUUUCAGCAGCAGAACUCGAGAAUCUGAUGACGAUUGUUGCAAAUCCCCGUCAAUUUAAGAUUCCGGACUGGUUUUUAAACAGGAAGAAGGACUACAAAGAUGGGAGGUACUCUCAGGUUGUGUCUAAUGCUCUGGACAUGAAGCUUAGAGAUGAUCUGGAGCGUUUGAAGAAAAUCAGGAAUCACCGUGGUCUACGUCACUACUGGGGUCUUCGUGUUCGAGGGCAGCACACCAAGACAACUGGUAGGAGGGGGAAGACUGUGGGUGUCUCAAAGAAGCGAUAAGCUUUUCCUCAUCAGCUUUUUAGCAGAGGUCAUGUUGGUGUUUUGAACUAAGAAAACCUAUCCAAGCAUGUUUUCUUUUAUUUUUCAGCAUUUACAUUUGAAAGAAUUGUGUUUUAUCUAAACCGAUUUUGAUGAAGUGCUUAGUGGUAUUUGUUAUGAUCGAGAAAUGGAAUUAGUUGCUUCUUGUAGUGUUUCUUGAAAGAGAUUUGAAACAUCGGCAAGCAAAUGGAAUCUGUAUAUAUCAAUA